GUGAUUUGGGUGCCAGUGGCGCGGUGUGUACUAGUAUGUAGUUAGCAGGCAAGGCAACAACAAUAACCUCGUAUGACGGCGUAAACUCAAAAAAGCUACAGACUUGUAGGGCUUAAAUGGCGCCGGUGCGACAGAGAAUUGCGAAGGGCUUGAAUGCUACUGAGAUAGGAAAGAAAAUCAAAAGGGGCAAUGCAAUGCGACAGGGAACUACGUGGUGGAGUUCUAAAGGAGGCCUAACAGCCUUUUUGCUGGUUUGUUUGUGUUUGAGCGCGGCAGCAACUUGGCUGUAUGUCACGUCUUUGGAUCCUGACAUUACAGAAACGUUGGUCAGCCAGCGUGAGUAUGUCUCUCCACAGCCCCGAGUUUACAUAGUGCAGUGCUCGGAGGACUACGAGAACUACAAACGCUACCCAGGAUGCACACCUCAGAAGUGUGGGCGUGCUGUCGCAGACGGUGUGGUGACAAUAGAGGAAGUUCAGGUCCUCAGAAGACUGGCUGAGAGGGGACUACAGCUGGCUGGAUCAGAGGGAGGAGCCUCCAUCUUGGACCUGCACUCAGGAGCAUUGUCAAUGGGGAAACAAUUUGUCAACAUUUACAGGUAUUUUGGGGAUCAGAUCCAGGAGGUGUUCACAGAAGAGGAUUUCCAGCUAUACAGAAAUGUACGCGAGCGAAUCCAAACUGUUAUUGCAGAGACGUUUGGUUUGGACCAAACUCUGAUGUAUCUCACCAAGCCCACUUUCUUCUCCCGGAUCAACUCCACAACAGCCAAGACCCAACAUGACGAGUACUGGCACCCACACAUUGAUAAGGUGACAUAUGGCUCAUUUGACUACACGUCGCUUCUGUACCUGUCUGACUACGGCUCUGACUUCACUGGAGGAAGGUUCGUCUUUAUGGACCAGAAUGGCAACAAGACAGUUGAACCAAGAGCAGGUAGAGUGUCUUUCUUUUCCUCCGGCUCUGAGAACCUCCAUCGCGUGGAGACGGUGUCAUGGGGGACCCGCUAUGCCAUCACCGUGUCCUUCACAUGCGACCCGACACAAGCCAUCGCCGACCCAGCGCUGCCUUAAAGCACCCAUCGGUGUUGGAAGCAUCUGCACACCUUUCAACAAUACGACCUUGAUCAUUCAAGGUGGACUUCAUCAGGCUAUUGAUCAACUAAAUUAACGACUGGGUUGUGUUCAUUGAUUGUGUGGUUUUAAUAUUUAGUGAAGAGAAGAGGUGUGUUUACAUGUGGGGAAUCUAGAAGAGUGACCACUAUACCUUACACUGUAUAAUCUAAUAAGUAAAUAACAAGUUGCAAGGGUUGCUAACUGAUGUUAAAUUUUCUAUAAACUUUCUAAAGUUUAGUUAAAAAACAGACUUAUCUUUUUUCAGGAGUGCUCAGUAUCCUCUUACAGUAUGCAGAAUAUACUGUACAUAUUGUACAGUCAGUGACAGCUGAUAAAUGACUGGACUUACUUGUCCUUGUCACUACCCUAAAUGUGUGUUACAUGUUUCUGCUUAUUUAGAAUGAUAUCAUUAUCCCUCUUGAAGUAUUCAUGAGACGCAUAAAUUCAUUUGCACCCUGUCCCAUGCGUCUUUUUGAAAUAUAUAGCUGGUCGUUAACUGUUUCAGCAAUGAGUACAUUUACAUGUUUAUGCAAAAAAAAACAAAUUUCUUUGAUGUUUUGUUGUAUGUUAAGUAGUGCGUUAAUAUCUUUAUUUCAUGACAUAACAGUUCUUUUUCAUGUAAUAAAAUGUUUUUUUGUUUUAGCCCAAGCCAGUUUUGUUUUUGUUUUUUGAUUAAAUGACUGUUAGUGAUAUUUCUACUUUUACUUUUGCAGCAAUAAAAUCUUUGUGUAUUAAUUUUAAAUCAGUUACUAUUAUGUAACAAAGUUUUUCCAUGUCUCUCGCCCAACCCCCAUCCCUCCACAUUUUCCCCUACAGUUUGCAAAAACUAUAGGGCAGGGGUCUCAAACUCAAAUACACACACACACACGGAAGAGUUAGUGCUGCAAAGGAUUCUGGGUAUUUGUUCUGUUGUGUUUAUGUUGUGUUACGGUAAGAAUGUUCUCCCGAAAUGUGUUUGUCAUUCUUGUUUGGUGUGGGUUCACAGUGUGGCGCAUAUUGCUAACAGUGUUAAAGUUGUUUAUACGGCCACCCUCAGUGUAACCUGCAUCGCUGUUGAUCAAGUAUGCUUGCAUUCACUUGUGUGUGUGUGUACAGAAGCCGCACAUGUUAUGUGACUGGGCCAGCACUCGUUGGACUGGAUGAAAAGCGGGGCAUUGAAAUUUGGGAGUCUCCCGGGAGGGUUGGCAAGUAUGAGAAUUAGCGGUGAAUGCGGUGUUACCGCGGCACCGCCGCUGUAUAUAAUCGGCAGGCCAGCUCUAGUGUUAAUUUGAUAUCGCCUAAAGGGCCAAGUGAAAUUACACGGCGGGCCAAUUUUGGCCCGUGGGCCAGAGUUUGACACCCAUGCUAUAGGGGGAAAAAACAAUGUUUUAUUAGUUGUUACAAAAGUGUGGCCACAGGGCCAUUUGCGGCCCGCAGUUGUGGUGUACCACAGCAUUUUGUAAAAAAAAUUAUAUAAAAAAAUACCAUCAAACUUCAAAAAGAUAAAAUAUGGGAAAAACCUGACAUGUUGAUACUAACACGUAACUCAUUUUAAUGAGCUUUGUCAGCUACAAUACAAAGCUACGGUAAUACAAAGUGUUAUCUUUAAAUAUAUAUGCCUGAUUUAGCAUUCAUAGAAUAAUAACAAAAUGGACCCUGAAUGCUUUGACUUUUCAGUAUGUGGCCCUUGGUGGCAAAAGU